AUGGGGAUUUCAGUUCAGGGCGUGCUGGGCAGGGGAGCAAAGCUUGCUCCACUAGCGAGGUCGAGGAUAGGGCCAUUGGUCGCAAGGGAUGAAGGUGGAUUCAUAGGUUCGAGAAAGGGAGAUAUGGGUUGGUUGCCAGUCGUUUCCCACAGAUGGCAUCAAUCUAUUUGCCCUAAAACUAAAGAGAUAGAGAUAGAGAGCGCAUUUGGGAUGCUCUUAGUACUUAGUUUCGAUGUGGGACUCGUGGGAGUGCCCUCCGAGGUCGACACGAGUCAGCAAGAUAUCAGUGGGGACUUUUCGACAUCCUUUAGUAUAAUUGGCACGGAGUACCGAUCGUUACUUCUCAGGAGCUUCCGAGAGCGCAAGCCGAUCAGCGGGUGA